AUGGCCCUCAUUGUGGAUAAGCACCGGCCGCGAUCGCUGGAUGCCCUGACAUAUCACCCUGAGCUCUCUGAGCGCCUCCGGUCCCUGGCGCAAAGCGGCGACUUCCCACAUCUCCUGGUCUACGGGCCCUCCGGCGCUGGCAAGAAAACCCGCAUAGUAGCCACCCUCAAAGAGCUGUACGGCCCCGGCGUCGAGAAGAUCAAGAUCGACGCGCGAGUCUUCCAGACCAGCAGUAACCGCAAACUCGAGUUCAACAUCGUGGCCUCCGUGUACCACCUCGAGAUAACACCGAGUGAUGUGGGCAACUACGACCGCGUGGUCGUGCAGGACCUGCUGAAGGAGGUCGCCCAGACGCAGCAGGUCGAUCAGAGCGCCAGGCAGCGCUUCAAGGUUGUCGUCAUCAACGAGGCAGACCAUCUGACCCGCGAUGCGCAGGCCGCGCUGAGACGAACCAUGGAAAAGUACAGUCCCAACCUGCGACUGAUCCUGCUGGCCAACAGCACCGCGAACAUCAUUGCACCCAUCCGCAGUCGAACUCUACUGGUGCGCGUCGCCGCUCCCACGAUUGACGAGAUCAGUACAGUCUUGGCAGUCUCGGCGAAGAAGGAGGGUUGGCCCGUGGUGAAGGGACUACACAAGCGUAUCGCCGAGGAGAGUGGAAGAAACCUGCGUAAAGCAUUGUUGAUGUACGAGGCUGUACACGCUCAAAACGAGAAGGUUACAGACGACACACCCAUACCGCCGCCCGACUGGGAAGCCCUCAUCAGCCAGAUAGCCAAGGAGAUCAUGGAGGAGCACUCGCCGGCUCGUAUCCUACAGGUGCGGGCAAAGCUAUACGACCUGCUCACGCAUUGCAUACCGCCGACCACCAUCCUCAAGACGCUCACAUUUAAGCUCAUCGCCCUCAUCGACGACGACCUAAAAUGGGAAGUGAUCAAGUGGUCGGCCUUCUACGAGCAUCGCAUCAAGAUGGGCACCAAGGUCAUUUUCCACCUCGAGGCCUUCGUGGCCAAGUUCAUGAGGAUAUUCGAGAUGUACCUUAUGCAGAUGGAGCUGUAA